GUGUUUCAUACGAUUCUCGCUGUCGCUGGAUAAUAUUUUUGUUGUUAUUGUUGGUUUGACAGAAAUUCGUUACUCUCAAUCUCCCUACUUACACCAUCGAUCAGUAGAACCUACUGCUGUCAAAGCUAGAAGGAAAAGUGAAGCGUUGGAUUUUGCGAUAGACGCGUAAUCGCUGGAACUAAAUACCUGCAGUAGCUUCGCUCUUACGUAGCGCUUUCCGUUUACGAACUACAAGAGCGAAAGCCAAGUCUAUUAUUAGCCUUCCAGACUGAAAACCUAGUGGGAAACACCAGUGUUUUCUCGCGUGCAGUAAACCUGUAGCGAACUUCGAUCUUCAAAUAUUUCUACUUCAACUGCAUCGCUUUUAGCAAAUCUCCAGACAAUGGGUGUUCAAAACAAGAUGUCAGAGCAGAAUCCGGAAAUGAGAGAGACAGCAGCGCGAAUCUGUCGUGAUUAUUUGCACGGUGCAUGGAAGUAUGUUACCGCGGAUAAUAUCGGCUUCAAACGGAUCAGCGGUGGCUUGAGCAACUGGCUGUACAAUGUGGAGCUUCCGGAAGGAGCCGCACCGGUACGAGGAGAGCCACGGCAGGUGCUUUUGCGACUGUAUGGACAAGUCCAUGGAGAACGAGCAUUGGAAGGACUGAUUACAGAGUCUGUGAUUUUCACUCUUCUGUCAGAAAGACGGCUGGGCCCAAAGCUACACGGCAUAUUUCCUGGGGGUAGAAUUGAAGAAUACAUUCCGGCGAGACCCUUGCUGACCAAAGAACUCGCUGACCCGUCUCUGAGUGUCAUGAUCGCUGAAAAAAUGGCCAACAUACAUUCCAUGCAAGUUCCCAUUAGCAAAGAACCCACCUGGCUAUGGGACACCAUGGCAAGAUGGCUCGACACUGCUACGGAUGUCCUUGAAAACCCCGGUGAAGUGGAACCAAAACUAUUGGACAACGUCAAUGUACUCAGAUCCAUGGACUUGUCUCAGGAAGUUAAAUGGCUUAGGUGUUUCAUAAUGCAGAACAAAUUUCCUGUUGUAUUCUGUCAUAAUGAUAUGCAAGAAGGUAACAUCCUUCUGAGGCAAAACACCAAGAAACCAGAAUUAGUCCUCAUCGACUUUGAAUACUGUUCGUACAACUACAGAGGAUUCGAUGUUGCUAACCAUUUCGUCGAGUGGCAGUACGACUACACGGCACCCGAGUAUCCAUUCUACCAUGAGCGAGGAGCGGCUGGCCCUACCAGAGAGCAAAAGUUAAACUUUAUCCGGAGUUACCUGAGGACGCUAAACAAAGAGGGAAGCGUGGAAGAAGAACGUAUGAUGCGGGAAAUCAAGACAUUCUCAUUAGCAAGUCAUCUUUUUUGGGGACUCUGGUCCAUUGUCAACGCCAAACUAUCCCAAAUCCCAUUUGGAUACUGGGAUUACGCCGUCAGUAGGUUGAAAAAUUACCAAGAGUUGAAAGAAAAGGCAAUCGCAUUGCAAAUGGACGCAGUAGAUAGUGGAGUAAAACGAAAAGUCACAGACAUGGACUGAACGAGGUGAAGGGCUUUAUGCGAUUGGUACCUAAGAGUAAUUCUGCACUGCAGAGUAAUAUUCUUCCUAAACCCUCAACACAGAGCCAGCAGUAUACUCUUCGGAGCUUAAUGAAAAGUGAUCUCCAAAUCAUGCAUUGUAUGUCAUACGUUAGAAUCACGUUGUUAUCAACUGCAUAAGCUUUCUAAUAACAACAAGGGAGCUUUGCUUCAUCCCUUGACAGGGUGUGAGCCAAUCGCUGAAGUGAAUUAGUAUGCUCGCGAACCAUUGCAAAUGGAUCCGGAGUGAACCAAGCCAGUGGCUGUUUUAAGUUGAUAGCAGCAAGGUUCUACUGUAAUUCGCGAUUUGUAAUUAAAUCUUGAUGCUAAAUUAUUGCUCAAGUUCAGUUGAACCAAAGCGGGAUGAGAACAGGGUCAAGGGAUCUCGACAUAAAGGGAAAACAUGAUAAAAUGGCUGGUCUGCCACCCAUUUAUUGAAUUCAGUUUGCCUUCGGGACAGUAUGUGUCAAGUGCAAAUUAAAAUCUCAAUAUUGUGCUUAAAGGUCUUUCACGUUUCACGUGUCGUGAUUUAAUUACACCCUUUUAUAUUCCGUACUUAAAGGCCGCUAAUUCCAAUUACCAAAUUGACUAAUGCAUGAUAAAAUGAACAUGUGUAUGAUGCGCAGUGUCUAGCUGGCACAGGAACGACGUCUAGCAUGUCACUUGUGAUGUCGUUAAAGUUGAUUCUUACAAUCAACUAUGAAUUGAAAGUAAUCGUAAAUGUAACCAUUGACGUAUAAGACUAAAAUUUUUAAACAACUGUUAUGGUGGGAAUGAAUGACAGCUAAAUUGAUCAACAACUUUCUGUCUCGUGGACUACUAUGUGUACAGCGUU